CAUUUCUCUCUCUCCUUCAACCAAAUACCAGUGAAGGCAUCUUAAACCUUUCAUAUUCUCGCUGUAUCACUGUUUUCAACCUUUUUUCUUCAACUAUUUGCUAUUUCAAAAUUCUUCUACUUUAGGUGACCCUUUGGCUAUAAUUAUUAUUCCUUCAAGAACCAGCAACCUUUUCUUUAGCUCUUCUAGUUUUCUUUUUGGUUUAUAAAUAUUGAGUAGUUUGCUUAGUAUUGUGGUGAUUUUAUUAAAGGUAUGGAGAAAGAUUUGGAUGAUUGUGAGUUUUGGCUUCCCCCACAGUUCCUUACUGAUGAUGACCUUUUAAUGGAUUUUAAGACCCCCAAAGAUGGGAAUAAGUUGUUUGGAGGUGAUUUUACUUAUGGGUUUAACCCGUUUGGUCCUCACUCGGAUCUGAGUUCGCCUGUUGGGUCUGUAGUCGGGUCAACUGAAACUGAAAGUGAUGAAGAUAAUGAUUAUAUCACUGGGUUAACCCGAAAAAUGGCUAACUACACUAUGCAAAACACCAAGGGUUUGAGUUUGUCAGGUUCGCCACAAUCAACUUUAUGUGGUUGCAAGAACGGGUCGAGUCGUGGAAGCCCAAACGGCCCAUCACAGGUUUCAUCUCCAACGGGUAUGACCCGACCCGAGGUGAAUAUGGAUCUGCUAUAUGCUGCCGCUGGUGAAGUUGCAAGGAUUAGAAUGAUGGAGGAUUACAACAACAAAGGUGGGCCUGGAAUAUGGGCUGCUCCACCAAGGAAGACAACAAGUCCAGUACCUGUUGGCCCAAAAAAGCACAACCCGAAUCUUGGUUCGUUUAGCACUAAUCAGCAACAACAGCUCUCUUACCAGCAAUUGCAGGUUGCUCAAUUUCAGCGUUUGAAGCAACAACAACAAAUGAUGAUGAAGCAAGGUGUGUUGGGUAAUGGAAAAGGUGGAUUUAGGCAGUUUCCAUUGAACCAAAAUCACCAGCAAAUGGCUAGAAAUGGGGGGACUUUGAACUUGCCAAAUUCUGCUUGGCCAACUUUGCAACAAUCUCAGCAACAACCUAAUCCUGGUUCAGGCACGCGUGCUGUUUUCCUCGGAAAUACUGGUCCUAAAAGAGAAUGUGCUGGAACUGGUGUCUUUUUGCCUAGACGAGUUGGAACACAACCCGAAAACCGAAAGAAACCAGGUUGUCCAGUUAUAUUGCCAGACAGGGUGGUCCAAGCUCUCAAUUUGAAUUUGGAAGCCAUGGAUGCUGCUAGUGCUAGGCCACAAUCUCAGGUUCGAACCAGUUGUCAUAAUGGGGAUGUCGGUUUCACUCCAGCUACUGAUGGUGGAUUGAAAUACCGGAACAACAUGGCUGUGGCUGUUCAACAGAGAAGAAAUCAGAGAUCACCGCCAGUGGCGGCAAUGCCACAAGAACUCCAACUUCCUCAGGAGUGGACUUACUGACUGAGAAAUUAUAGUUCUUAGUGGUUUUUGAAGUCUUAUUGAAGCAGCAAAAGGAUUUGUUUGUUUGUUUUUUUGGGUACUGAAGAUUUGAAGAAGUAUAGGGUUAGGUAAUAGUUGUUUCAGAUGGGAGAUGAUGAUGAAAGUCGUUUUAGCAGUUAAACAAAUGGGGGCUUUUUUGGUCUAGUAUUAGGGUUUAUUAAGGGAAAAAUAAAAUAGUGGAAGGUUGGCGGAUAUGAGAUUUUUCUUUGGUUGAUUUUUAGAUUAGGUUAAUACUAGUAAGAAAAAAUAAGAUAGUUUUUUUAAGUUUAUUAAAGGUCGGGAGAUGGAGAAAAAAGGGUUGGCUCAUGUUUUGGUUGGAAGAGUUGCAACCCUUUCCAUGCUCAUAUUUUAUUGUCAGUGUAAUGUAUACCUGUCCUUUGGCAUAUGGUCAGGUAUAUUUAAUCAAUAAUUAUACCAUUAUUUA